AUAGCCUCUCCAGCAAUGAUUACUUCAGAGUUACCAGUGUUACAGGAUUCAACUAAUGAAACUACUGCCCACUCUGAUGCUGGCAGCGAACUUGAAGAAACAGAGGUCAAAGGAAAAAGAAAAAGGGGUCGUCCUGGCCGGCCUCCAUCAACAAAUAAGAAACCUCGAAAAUCUCCAGGAGAAAAGAGCAGAAUUGAAGCUGGGAUUAGAGGAGCAGGUCGUGGAAGAGCCAAUGGGCACCCUCAACAGAACGGUGACGGGGAUCCUGUUACCUUAUUUGAGGUGGUGAAGCUGGGGAAGAGUGCAAUGCAGUCCGUGGUGGAUGACUGGAUUGAAUCCUAUAAACAAGACAGGGACAUCGCACUUCUGGAUUUAAUCAACUUUUUUAUCCAGUGUUCAGGAUGUCGAGGUACUGUCAGAAUAGAGAUGUUUCGAAAUAUGCAGAAUGCAGAAAUAAUCAGAAAAAUGACUGAAGAAUUUGAUGAGGACAGUGGUGACUACCCCCUUACCAUGCCUGGUCCUCAGUGGAAAAAAUUUCGUUCCAAUUUUUGUGAAUUUAUUGGAGUCCUGAUUCGACAGUGUCAAUAUAGCAUAAUUUAUGAUGAGUAUAUGAUGGACACCGUAAUCUCCCUUUUGACUGGUUUGUCAGACUCCCAGGUCAGAGCUUUUAGGCACACAAGUACUCUUGCUGCAAUGAAGCUGAUGACUGCUCUGGUGAAUGUUGCCUUAAACCUCAGUAUUCAUCAGGAUAAUACACAGAGGCAAUAUGAAGCAGAGAGAAAUAAAAUGAUUGGAAAGAGAGCCAAUGAAAGGCUGGAGUUACUACUUCAGAAGCGUAAAGAGCUACAAGAAAAUCAAGAUGAAAUUGAAAAUAUGAUGAACUCUAUUUUUAAGGGAAUAUUUGUUCAUAGAUACCGUGAUGCAAUUGCUGAAAUUCGAGCCAUCUGUAUUGAAGAAAUUGGAGUAUGGAUGAAAAUGUAUAGUGAUGCCUUCCUAAAUGACAGUUACCUGAAAUAUGUAGGAUGGACUCUUCAUGAUAGGCAAGGGGAAGUCAGACUGAAGUGUUUGAAAGCUCUACAAAGCCUGUAUACCAAUAGAGAAUUAUUCCCCAAAUUGGAGCUGUUUACUAAUCGAUUCAAGGAUCGCAUUGUAUCAAUGACUCUUGAUAAAGAAUAUGAUGUUGCUGUGGAAGCAAUUCGAUUGGUUACUCUGAUACUUCAUGGAAGUGAAGAAGCGCUUUCCAAUGAAGACUGUGAGAAUGUUUACCAUUUGGUGUAUUCAGCACAUCGCCCUGUUGCUGUGGCAGCUGGAGAAUUCCUACACAAAAAGCUGUUUAGCAGACAUGACCCACAAGCAGAGGAAGCCUUAGCGAAGAGGAGAGGAAGGAACAGUCCGAAUGGGAACCUUGUCAGGAUGCUUGUUCUUUUCUUUCUUGAAAGUGAGUUACAUGAACAUGCAGCCUACUUGGUGGACAGCCUGUGGGAGAGCUCUCAAGAACUGUUGAAAGACUGGGAGUGUAUGACCGAGUUACUAUUAGAAGAACCUGUUCAAGGAGAGGAAGCAAUGUCUGACCGUCAAGAGAGUGCUCUUAUAGAACUAAUGGUCUGUACAAUUCGUCAGGCAGCUGAAGCUCACCCUCCAGUGGGAAGGGGUACCGGCAAGAGAGUGCUAACAGCCAAAGAAAGGAAAACUCAAAUUGAUGAUAGAAACAAAUUAACUGAACAUUUUAUCAUUACACUUCCUAUGUUACUAUCAAAGGUAUGUUACAUUUUUAAGAAGGUAGCAAACUUGCUGCAAAUUCCACAGUAUUUUGAUCUAGAAAUCUACAGCACAGGUCGGAUGGAAAAGCACCUGGAUGCUUUAUUAAAACAAAUUAAGUUUGUUGUAGAGAAACAUGUAGAAUCCGAUGUCCUAGAAGCCUGCAGUAAAACCUACAGCAUUUUAUGCAGUGAAGAGUAUACCAUUCAGAAUCGAGUUGAUAUUGCUCGGAGCCAGUUGAUUGAUGAAUUUGUAGAUCGAUUCAAUCAUUCUGUAGAAGACCUGUUGCAAGAGGGUGAAGAAGCUGAUGAUGAUGAUAUCUACAAUGUUCUUUCCACCUUAAAGCGUUUAACUUCUUUUCACAAUGCUCAUGAUCUCACUAAAUGGGAUCUAUUUGGUAAUUGCUACAGACUGUUGAAGACUGGAAUUGAACAUGGAGCUAUGCCAGAACAGAUAGUCGUACAAGCACUGCAGUGUUCCCAUUACUCAAUUCUUUGGCAGUUGGUGAAAAUUACUGAUGGUUCUCCUUCCAAAGAGGAUUUGUUGGUAUUGAGAAAAACAGUGAAAUCUUUUCUGGCUGUUUGCCAACAGUGCCUAUCUAAUGUUAAUACUCCAGUUAAGGAACAGGCUUUCAUGCUGCUCUGUGAUCUUUUAAUGAUUUUUAGCCACCAGUUAAUGACAGGUGGCAGAGAGGGCCUUCAGCCUUUGGUGUUUAAUCCAGAUACUGGACUCCAGUCUGAACUCCUCAGUUUUGUGAUGGAUCAUGUUUUCAUUGACCAAGAUGAGGAAAACCAAAGCAUGGAGGGUGAUGAAGAAGAUGAAGCUAAUAAAAUCGAAGCCUUACAUAAAAGAAGGAACCUACUUGCUGCCUUCAGCAAACUUAUCAUUUAUGAUAUUGUUGACAUGCAUGCAGCUGCAGACAUCUUUAAACACUACAUGAAGUACUACAAUGACUAUGGUGACAUUAUUAAGGAGACACUGAGUAAGACCAGGCAGAUUGAUAAAAUUCAAUGUGCUAAGACUCUCAUUCUCAGUCUGCAACAGUUGUUUAAUGAACUUGUUCAAGAACAAGGUCCUAAUCUGGAUAGGACCUCUGCCCACGUCAGUGGGAUUAAAGAACUGGCACGUCGUUUUGCCCUUACAUUUGGAUUGGACCAGAUCAAGACCCGAGAAGCAGUUGCCACACUUCACAAGGAUGGAAUAGAGUUUGCCUUCAAAUACCAAAAUCAGAAAGGACAAGAAUACCCACCUCCUAAUCUGGCUUUUCUUGAAGUGCUAAGUGAAUUUUCUUCUAAACUCCUUCGACAGGACAAGAAAACUGUUCAUUCGUAUCUUGAAAAAUUCCUCACUGAGCAGAUGAUGGAAAGGAGGGAGGAUGUAUGGCUUCCACUCAUCUCAUACAGAAAUUCAUUAGUUACUGGGGGUGAAGAUGACAGAAUGUCUGUGAACAGUGGAAGUAGCAGCAGUAAAACGUCCUCAGUAAGGAGUAAGAAAGGAAGACCUCCACUGCACAGAAAACGAGUAGAAGAUGAAAGUCUGGACAACACAUGGCUAAAUAGGACUGACACGAUGAUUCAGACUCCUGGACCCUUGCCAACCCCACAGCUCACCUCCACGGUACUUAGAGAGAACAGCCGUCCCAUGGGAGAGCAGAUUCAGGAACCUGAGUCUGAACACGGUUCUGAACCAGACUUUUUACACAAUCCCCAGAUGCAGAUCUCUUGGUUAGGCCAGCCGAAGUUAGAAGACUUGAACCGGAAGGACAGAACAGGGAUGAACUACAUGAAAGUGAGAGCUGGAGUGCGGCAUGCUGUUCGGGGUCUAAUGGAGGAAGAUGCUGAGCCCAUCUUUGAAGACGUUAUGAUGUCAUCACGGAGCCAAUUAGAAGACAUGAAUGAAGAAUUUGAAGACACCAUGGUUAUUGAUUUGCCCCCAUCAAGAAAUCGCCGAGAGAGAGCUGAGCUAAGGCCAGACUUCUUUGACUCUGCAGCUAUCAUUGAAGAUGAUUCAGGAUUUGGAAUGCCUAUGUUCUGAAGUCUGAAGAAAAUUUACAAAUCUGGAACUCUAUUAUUUAGAGCUAGAGGCCUAUAUACUGUGAUAGCUUGUAUGGGGGAAGAAACACUUUUGAUGUGAUCGGAUUUGUUUUGUAAUCAAAUGAUUAAAGGUUGGUCCCUUUUGCAGUGACAGAGCAGCAUGUCAGUCACCCAUGGAAAUGUUGGUGAAUGUCACUUCGGAAGACUGACCAAAAAAAUCAUUUGUACUCUAAUGUUGGACUUAUCUCAGUACAGAUGUGUGUGUGUUUUUCUGAAAGGAGGAAGAUAUUUUAAAUUUUUAAAACAGCUGUCAAAAUAAACACUGUUAUACACCUGUUUUAUGAAAAUCAGCAUUGAGUAAAAAAAAUAUUUUUAACUUUAUUUUCCUGUUGUACAAUUUAAAAACCGUUUUAACAUUUUGCCUUUUUAUGUUUUAAAAGCUAACCAUUUUUAUUAAACUAUGAGUGAGCAGCUCGUUCUAAUCGCCGAAGAGUGGUUUUGGAGCUCGCUGGGUUUUGUUGACCUUGUAAAGCAGACAUUGAAGGAACAGAGCAUGGACAAGCUAAAAUAGAGUUCUAACAUCGUGCAUCUCUGCCAAAAACCACACGCCCUCUGUGGAUGGAUGUGAAUCCCCAGAUUUUAUAUACUCUUGAAUAAAAAGGUUUAUUUUUAUUUAUAAAUGGGCAUAAAAUAAGUGCCCAUGCAGCCAUUUUUCCAACAGACGCUGUACACCGUUCAUUUUCUAUAGAAUAGUGAGAUUCAAAUACAGUGCAUUUUCUAUUGGUCUUUGUUCUGUGCAUUUUUAGCAACUUCUACCAGCAAAUAAAGUAUUCUCAGUAAAACAAAAAUGGUUCUCAAGUUAUCAGUCUCACUGUUGUUAACACUUGUUUCAUGCCCUGCCAAAGUCACAUUACACAGACUUCCGUUUUCUUAGAAUCGUGAAAUUUUUCUUUGCCAUUCAAAAGUAAUUUUAAGAUGUGUACCGUAACUGUCUUCUUCCCAUGCACUGAGAAUCCCCUCAACCCACUAAUGUUGUGAAGUGUUUACCAAUCAUAGACGUCUGUGCUUAGAGGGUGGCAUUCUAAGCUAACCGUGAAAUACAGCUACAUGUCAGUGUUAAGUGUGCAUAUUAAGAAAAAUUCUUUUGGAGAAAGAAAUUCUGAAACUUCAGGACAUUCUUCAGUGGCUUAGAGUUACAAUCAGCUUACUUUUAUGACUUGCUAUUGUUUUAAAAAUACAUGUAGCUUUUCCCUGAUUUUAGUGUAGGCUUCCAAAUUUCCAAGCCAGUCUACCCACAGCUGUUUCUGGGCUGGUUUUUAAAAUAGCUGCAACAGAACCGAGAGCUUUCCCUUCUUACCAAAAAUGAACAUUUUUUAAAAGUAUAUGAACUCUAUGAUUAUCUUUUGUGUGGGAAAAUAAAACACGAUUUUAUUCAUCCUUUUAGUAGACGAGAUUUUUCUCAACAUUUGUACAGUUCAGAGAUUUUAAAAUAAAAAAUCUUGGUCACCAAAAAUGUUUUACCUACUAACUCAGCAAGUCCUAGGCUCCAGUUAAGACAUGUGGAGCCUCGCUCUCUCCUAGAAAUGUGGGCUUCACUGGAACUCAAGGGGCAGGGAUGAAUGGACUAUACACUUCAGCCCUGCUUCACUGGAGUUCUCGGCCAGGGCCCCAGCUUUGAGGAGCCCUGGAAUAAGCACAGAUAAUCCCCUGCCUGACAGUCUCCUACUGAUUUCAGGGUUACAGACUACCAUGCAACAACAAGGCGGCUUAAUCUCUACUCCAGUGGCUUUCCAAGUUCAGUUUGAAGUCAAUCAAAUUUUUGUAUUUUCAGUGUCUCCUUGAUUGGUUUUGCUAGUAAUUCUGUAAAUUGUACAUUUGCAAAAAUGAUGUUUUUUUUUCCUUUUGUACAAUUUGAAACUGAUGCUUCACCUUUCCUUUAAUAAACUAUUCAAAAAUCA